GUCAUUGUGUCGGUUUCUCCUAGACCCAAGAGCCGUCGAAUGCUCUAAAACAAUGGUCGGGGGUCAAUGAAAAAACACUGCUCUUUAGAAUAGUCCAUGAAAAUUUUCUAAACUUCUUACUAUAAGAUCAAACACAAAGGCUGAUAGGCGAAGCUAGGACAAACCUCACAUUCUCCUCAAAUCAUACCAUUACCUCCCUUCGGAACCCUACCACACAUGUCGUCUCUCCCAAAUGGGGAAAGAGCAGCGACAGUUUUGUCAGCAGCUGCCUCCCUGGCAGCUUCGGCCAUGCUUUUCCGAACCAUUGCCAGUGAUCUCGUGCCUGGUGAAGUUUACGGCUACUUCUCCUCCACCCUGCAUAAUAUUUUCCGCUAUCUCUCUUCCCAACACACCAUCAUUAUAGAAGAAUUCAAAGGUAACCAAGGGCAUACCGUGAAUGAGCUGAUUGAGGCUGCCGAAGUGUACCUGGGUACCAAAACGAGCCCAGCAGUCCGAAAGCUGAGAGUGGGAAAGGAUGAGGAGGAGAAGAAAUUGGCGGUCACCAUUGAUGGAGAUGAAGAAAUUGUUGAUGUUUUUGAGGAUGUGAAAGUGACGUGGAGGUCGAUUUCGAGACAAGUGGAGUCGUUAGGGUUUGGGAACAUGGGAGGGGAAGGUAGGACUUUCUGGUUAGAAGACCCCGACGAGACUGUAUGGUCCGAAGAGAGAUCGUAUGAGCUAAGUUUUAACAAAAAGCACAAAGACAAGGUCUUGAAUUCAUACUUUCCGUAUAUUUUAGAGCGAGCGAAGGCCAUUAAAGAGGAAAGCAAGGUGGUGAAGCUCCACGCUGUGAAUACGCACCAUGGUUGUUGGCGAGACGCGAUCAUUCUCGAUCACCCAAUGACUUUCCAGACCCUUGCGAUGGAUUCUGAGCUUAAGAUGGCUUUACUGGAGGACCUAGACAACUUUGUGAAGGGGAAAGCAUUCUACAAAAGAAUGGGGAAAACUUGGAGACGCGGGUACUUGUUGUAUGGCCCUUCAGGGACAGGAAAGUCGAGCUUGAUUGCAGCCAUGGCUAAUCACCUGAACUACGACAUCUAUGACAUGGAUCUCACUGGUGUAAGAUCCAACGACGAUCUCCGGCUUUUGUUGCUAGCCAUGCCCAGUAAAGCAAUUCUAGUCAUCGAGGAUGUUGACUGUGUCGUCAAUCUACAAAACCAAGAAGACAAUGAAGAGGACCGAGAAGAUAGAGAGGAAGCAACCACAGGGGAACCAUACAACCCAUGGGAUGAAGAUGGAUGGGUAACAGAGGAUGAAGUUGAAGCCGAGAAUCAGGUAACACUCUCCGGCUUUCUCAACCUCAUCAAUGGCCUUCUGUCAUGCUGCAGUGAAGAACAAAUCCUCGUGUUCACUACCAAUCACAGAGAACAGCUUGACCCUGCUUUGCUGAGGCCCGGGUGCAUAGAUAUGGAGAUUCACAUGUCAUACUGCACCAUGUCUGCAUUCAAGCAACUCGCCUGGAACUAUCUAGGGCUUUAUGAUCAUCCACUCUUUGAACAAAUUGAAAGGCUAAUGGGAGAGGUGAAGGUCACACCUGCAGAAGUUGCAGGGGAGUUGAUGAAGAGCAAAGAUGCUGGAGUUUCCCUGCAAGGCGUCAUCGAGUUCUUCCACAAGAAGAUUGAACAAAAUGAAGCAAAAGCAGCCAAAGAUAAUGGAAGCACAAAAGGAUUAGAAAAUAUAUAAACAUUAAUACCAUUGUGAGUAGUGGUCAAUGUGGAGGCACUAUCCUCCAAAGAAAUUGAAAGCAGCUUUCAAUUCAAAGCAUGAUUCGGAGUUUUAAGAUUGCCCGAAUCUUAAACAUGUUUGUAUGAACCAAAAGCCAUCAUUUUAUAAAAUGGGUUGGAAUCGAAAUGUGUUUCGAUGUAAAUAAAAUAAAAUGAAAUAAAAUCCAAUACAUUCCCUGAAGUUGUUCUGCAAUUGAAACAGCAGACAGAAACUCAUUUUGAAUGAACAACAGAUAGUCUUUGAGACUGAACGCAUACAUAUCUUAUUGCAAAUAUAUAUAAUAAGAAUCAAAACCUGUUUCUAGUCUCUGAUUCUGAACCUGAGGGAAGAACAGGAAUACAAGAUUAAACUAUAGCUACACAAACCAAGUAAACCAAAGCUUGAACAAGGCACUGCAAAGAGUGCAUAAAACGGAUCAACCAAGUAUCAUUCGGUUCUGCACACACGGAGAAACAACCGUAACCGAGAUAUGUAGCCCCAGGGAUCAGAAUUGCACUAAUAGGAUCUAAGAAAACCCAGCAUGUGAUUCGAUCAUCGAGUUUCAUCGUCAAGGUUGCGGAAACCAGCAGUCAGAUCCUCAUGUAGCUUGCUGAAUUUAGCCACAAGAACUUCUUCUCCUUCUGCUGGGUCCUCGAAUUUCUGAGAC